UGCCCAGAGAAUAAUCGGGAGACCGAGUCCUGUGUGUCUCUCUGUUUCCUUUGCACACACUCUUGCUCGUUGUCACUUGCACCCUCGCCGUCAUCGUCGCGCCCAUUUUGGACAUUGGGAACCGCGUCCCACUCAACAACGACGCUCCACCCACCUCCACCGACCUCCACCCGCGCUGGCACUCGCACGUCGCACCACCACCACCACAGCAGCCAGCCGCCGCCCACCCUCCCGGUCGUAAGCUUUCAACACGACAACCGGCCUCGGGCAUCCAUCGGCCCACCUUUCACACAUCCCUCACCAUCCCGCGUCGCCGCAUCGCCGUCGCCGUUGUCUCUCUACGCCCCUCCUGCUUGCAUCUAGUGGGCCGUGGCUGCUCCCACUUGAGCGCCGCACAGACCGCAUCUCGACAACACCGACGUGACGAUCUGGUUGCAAUACGCCGUUUUCAGACACCGGAUCUAACAACGAUCCCAACGCUUCGCCACCCCCCCAGCCAACGCACCCUCCAGUUGCUUCCCCCAUCCACACGCAGCCACUUUUGUGUUGCCCCCAUCCCAUCUCGAUAUUGGGCAUCAUCUCCAUCCACAUAGCUGUCGCGUCUACUUUCUCGACCAACUUUGAACAAGUAGCCGCGCCCCACCCUACCACCCACUUUUAGGCUUAUCCAUCAUCCGUCAUGGAAGCCCUCAACCCCCUCACACCCAACACUGCCGCUUUCCUCGACUCUCUUGCCUUUGGUGACAUUGACACCAAGACACCAAACCCCACUGCCUUCCCUCCAUCGGCAUUCUUCCCCGUCCCCGGCCGCGACACGCCUGAGGAAUCCUCGCCCGACUCCAUUGUGGAUGCCAACGACGGCAAGCAGACAAGAAAUCAGUCCUUCAAUCUGUCUGAUGACUCUGAGGCUGAGAUGACGACUGCUGCUGCUGCUCAGAACAAGCGCAAGGCUCAGCCUAGCAACCCUGCGGCGGAUGACCACGACGACGAUGAGGACUCGUUUUCGGAGAACGAUGGCCACGAAGAUAAACGCCAGCACGGCAAUGACAAGCGUGGUCGUCGCAACACGUUGGAGAAGAAGGGCAAUGAGAAGGGGCCAAAGGACACGACUACCAAGGCUCAGCGCCGCAAGGAGCAGAAUCGUGCUGCGCAGAAGGCCUUCCGUGAGCGUCGCGAGGCCAAGGUUCGCGACCUCGAGGCCAAGGUUGCCGAGCUCGAGGCCAAGUCGUUUGGUGCAUCCGUCGAGAACGAGAACCUCCGCGGCAUUCUUCGCCGCUUGCAGGAGGAGAACGUCGCUCUCAAGCAGGCUGCCUUCACUUUCUCGGUCCCCUUCAACGGCAACAGCACCACUGCCACCAACAACGCGGCUGCCCCCGCGUCGGCGGCGGCUGCCGCUCAGCGCUCCGGCCAGCAGACCCCCACUGCUGCUGCGCUGAACCAGCAGCCGAGCGGCAUUGACUGGUCGCAGUUUGCCAACUUCAAGGUCCAGCAGAUUGCCAAGCCCCCUUCGCCUCCUCAGAGUGUCUCGAACGACUCGCUGCGCAGCAUUCACGAGGCGUCGCCUCACCUCGCGCACCGUGGGUCUAACUCGUCCAUCCCUGGUGCCAGCCCCGAGUCUCUCGUUUCGAUCAACGGUCCCAGCCCCAGCUCGGGCUCGGAGCGCAACACCGCCCCGACCCUCUUCAGCGGUAACACGACCUCUCAACCCCAGCUUUCUCGGUCGCCCAACACUCAGAGCCCGGCCGACAACCUGUCCACUCCUAGCUCCAUUGGCGGCACGAACAAGGAAGACGUCGAGGCCCUCUUCCGCAGCCUCUACCCGAAUGGCAUCGAUUCUAUCCUGGCGUCGGCGAACAACACUGGCAACACCCCGGCAGCCACCAACACGACUGCCACUCAGCCUGUCCAGUCGGUUCAGUCCCAGUACACGUUCUUGAGCUCUCAGCCUGCCCUCACGUCGCUCGCCGACUCGUCGUCGAAUACCUACGCUAAGCUGUUCGGCGAUGCCACGGCGUACCGCGACUCUUCCGUGUCCGCCAACCCUCUUGCUGGUCUCAACAGCCUGAACACGUCUACCAACUCGAACGCAUCCACCGCCAACGCCAUUCCCGCCUCCAACCCAUUGUCCAACCAGGCACAAUGGGCUGAUCUCACCGAGAACAGCGUGUCCGACUUCCUGGCGUCUUUGUCGGGCGCCAACGCGACGACUGACACUGCCGAUGCUCUCGGCAGUGCCGAGGAAGACGCCUUUUCCAAGCAGCUCGAGGCCCUCAUUGCCCAGUCUGGUGGCACCUCGCCUUCGGCUCCGUUUGUCUUCCCCGGUACGACCUUCAGCCCCAACGCCUACCUCAACAUGUCUCCCUCUCCUCUGCAGUCAUUGUCCAACUCGCAGACACCACGGUCGACGACUGGCGAAUCAGCAUCGGCAUCAGCGUCGCCCUCAUCAGAUGCCGCUGCCGCCUUUGCUUCGUCGACGGGCGCCCCUGUUUGCGGUACCUCCAAGGUCAUCCACGUCCUUGGAGACGACGGACGCGUCAUGCGCCCAUCAGAGGUCUGGACCAAGAUGGGCAUGCACACAACCGAGCCGGGAGACUUCCUCAUCGACGACCUGUGCGACCAAAUGAAAUCAAAGGCUACCUGCAAGGAUGGAAGAAGGUAUAUGAAGUUUGACGACGUCAAGACCAUGGUCGCUGCUCGUGCUAGCGGAGUGGACUGCGAUGAAGCAUCACCGCCUCCGAAGACCGAGUACACCGACCCCGCCGAAAGCCAAGCGCGUCUCAACGAGGCGUACAUCCAGGCCAACGGCGGUCUUUAGAGUUCGAUUUCGUUCGCCACGCUUUUUCUACGACCCACAUUCGUCAUUGAAUCAGUCGCAUGUGCAUCGCCGGUCACCAGCCGCCGACGCUUCCGCACUGUGUAUCACUUCGCCGACUCGUGCCACCACCACCACAACCUCUCUCUGUACAGUAUAGUUGCCACCAGGAGCCGCGAGACGAGGGCAUGCAUGCCCAAACCCACAAAAAUGGCCUGUAGCGAAGGCGGAGGGAUUGACUCGAGCGACCAGUGUUCGCUCACAGCAUAACCCUCCAGCCAUGACGCUUAGCAGUCCCGUCACGCAUCCACAAAACGCAUGUACUCUGUAUUCUAGGUACCUUGGACUCUCGGGUCUGGUCUGAUGCCACCUGUUCACUUCGAA